GAGGCACUUGCUACUAUUAUGAGGCCAUAUCCUGUUUACGGCGCUGUCUACUGUAAUUUUAUAAAAAGGGUUCUUGGCUGGUUCGUGUCUAAACGUGUGAAGAAACGUCAUGUCAAAAACGAUCUAAAUACGAUUGAACUGCGGGAAUUUAAAGGAACUCUUAACUUGGCCCUGGUUCCUGUCAGCUUCCACCAUGUCAUGCCGGGACAUCCACGCCACCAACGCGUUUGCCUUCAUCAUUGCCAUUGUGUCUGUAGGAGGGAUUGCUGUGGCAGCGUUAAUCCCACAGUGGCGAGUAACCAGACUCGUCACAUUCAAUCGUAAUGCCAAGAAUAUCAGCGUGUAUGACGGGCUGUGGGCUAAAUGUGUGAAACAGGAUGGCUAUUCAGGAUGUUACUACUAUGAUUCAGAGUGGUACUCAAAAGUGGACCAGCUGGACCUGCGGCUGCUGCAGUUCUGUCUGCCAACAGGCCUGCUGCUCGGCUCUCUGGCCUUGCUGCUGUGCAUGUCAGGAAUGUGUAAGACCUGCUGCUGCUCGGACAAGCCUGAACCAGACAUCAAGACCACCAGAUUCCUGGUCAACAGUGCAGGCUGUCACCUGGUGGCUGGGAUGUUCUUAUUUCUGGGGGGAGCUAUCGCCAUGGCGCCUUCAGUCUGGUUCCUGUUUCGUACAAAGGAAAUGAACAUCAGAUAUGACAACAUUUUCUCUGAUGGCUUUGCUGUGUACGUAUCCAUCGGCUGCUCUGGAGGACUGAUGCUGGCCGCUCUGCUGAUGUUCAUGUGGUACUGUAUGUGUAAAAAGUUGCCUUCGCCUUUCUGGUUGCCUCUGCCGAAUAUGUCUACCUCUCUGUCCACCCAGCCUCUAACUGCCAAUGGAUAUCCUCCCUCCCCAGUUUAUGGUCCCCAGCCAUUCCCACCACAAACAUUUCCCCCCACUGUGAUCGAUACCCAGCCUUAUGUGGCCUCUCAGGGCUAUGCACAAAGCGUAGUAGCCCCUGCACCGCCGCAGGUGUAUAUGUCUCAGAUCUCUGCUCCUGAUGGGUACGGCUCAGAGGUGGGAGGGACCCAGGCCUACAGCUAUGCACCCUCACAGAGUUACGCACCCUCGCAGAGCUACGCCCCCUCUCAGGGAUACGCAUCCAGCUACGCAGGCCAUCGCUACUCUUCCCGUUCACGCAUGUCUGCCAUAGAAAUCGACAUUCCCGUCCUGACGCAGGGACAGUAGGAAAAGAGAGGCUGAUACCAUCAGGUUCACUCCUAAUAAAACUAAUAGUGUAUGAUUGAUGGAAGUUAAUAAUAUGAGAGCUAUUUACAGCCUGCAGAGUGAUAGCUUUAAGAAUUCAGUCAGUCAGUCCAGGUCUGUAGAGUGCUGAUUAUGGAGGAUGAGAUCCAGUCAGAGGACCAAGGAGGUACUAUAUGAAGGAUGAGGUUUUCUUUAACAGAAAAUCACUGCUGCAGCAACUCUAUUCAGCUGAGUAAUGUAGGAAUAAAGGAAAUGAAGUUAUUUGAAGCCAAGAACAGUGAAAACAACAUCAACUGACUACGUGGCUUAUUUUAGUAUUAAUCAAGUAGAGAGGAAUGCUUUUAACCUGCCUAAGUGUGAGAGAACCCAGCUAAGAGCCACAAGCAAGAAAGUGACUUUAAUUUAUGGCAGAGGUUCUUUCUCUCACCUUUAGAUAUUAAGGUGUGUAUGAUAAAUGCCAGACAUGCAACACUACAGAUAAAUUCUCUUCCCCUGCUAAAUGAAAUUCAAGCUCAAGUGACACAAGUAAUUUUAUGUUUUCUAAGCCUGUACUGUGGUCUGUUAUGACUAAACACAACAUUGUCUUUGAGGUAAGAUUCAGUGGUUUUCUUCUGACUUAAUCACCUGUUUGUUAUUGUUGCAACGCCAUAGUGCCCUGUGGAGAGCAGCUGUUAAUGUUUAAAUGCACUAAUUAUGUGAAUACUGUGCCUGUUAACAUUGCCUUUGUUCACUUAGUUUUAAGUUUGUGUUUUAUAACACGGUUUUAUAUCCCUUGUAUUAACAUGGACUUCAAAUGUUUUGUAUAAAAAGAUGGCACUACGUAAUUUGAAUGCUGUAAAAUGAAUGCAGAGUUACAUCACUGGGUUGAGUGACACUAAGUAGUUAAGGAGAACAAAUGUAGGAGACAUAAAGAGCUGUUUAUGAAAAAUACUCAGAGAAAUGUUGUUUAGGUGUAAAUUAAGGUUCAUUUUUGUGAUUAAGCCAAAUGUAAUCAUUUGCCAGGUUUUUUCUGCAUAAUGAGCACUAAUCAGCAUGUCUUCACUGUCUGUUGUGUGAAUCAUGUUACUUUAUAAAAGGUCAAUGAUGUUGUUAAAUGGUUUUCUACACUGUCAUCUCUUUUUUUUAGUUUUUAUUAAAACAUGAACCACAA